UCACUUUAACAUGGCGACAUAAUUGAUAAGGCGACUAAUAAACCAAGGCAUUUUGGCUAUUCAGCAAGGAAUACAUAUCUCGUUUAUUACACCCCGACGAUCGAAUGUCUUAAUGAUAGUUGUAUUAUGGAAUUUUGGCAUACAUUGCGCCAGGUCUAAGGGGGUUAAGGACGACAGCAAUCUCACUAUCAGUUCGGUUGUGGGCUGUCCUAUCCUGAACUGCAUCAGAAGGAAUCCGACCGGUCAGGCUUCCAAGAUUGGGGUGUAAUUUCGCUGAUAAAAAUGAGCCUUAUUAUAAGACGACUGAAGCCGACUUUGGCUUACUCGCAGAUAUAUCAGAAGACCAGACAAUCGCCUUUUGUGCCAUUCCUCUCUCGACGGAGCGACGUCAUUAAAAACACUACCCUACUUUUUAGUACAGGAGUACGACUUUACUGUGCACGAAUGGAGUCGAAAGGGGUUAUAUUCAGACAGUUGUUUGAGCCUGUCAGCAGCACGUACACAUACCUGCUGGCAGAUACAGAGACUAAGGAGGCUGUGCUCAUAGACCCUGUGCUGGAGACAGUUGACAGAGAUCUUAAGCUUAUCGAUGAGCUGGGACUUAAACUGAAACUAGCAGUGAAUACCCACUGCCAUGCCGACCAUAUCACAGGUACAGGACUGCUGAAGAAGAAAGUGUUUGGGUUAAAGAGUGCCAUUUCCAAACACAGCGGCGCUGCUGCUGACGUCAUGCUGUCAGAAGGAGACCGUGUCACUUUUGGAAAGCAUCAUCUGACUGUGAGAGAGACCCCAGGACACACUGAUGGCUGUGUAACCUACGUCACUGACGACCAGUCCAUGGCAUUUACUGGGGAUGCUUUGCUUAUCAGGGGCUGUGGUAGAACAGACUUCCAGCAAGGUUGCGCUAAGAGACUGUAUGAGUCGGUUCAUAAGAAGAUUUUCACUCUGCCUGGAAACUGCCUCGUCUACCCUGCACAUGAUUACAAAGGUCAGAUGGUGUCCACUGUGGACGAGGAGAAGAAAUUUAACCCACGGCUGACAAAAUCAGUGGAAGAGUUUGUGGACAUUAUGAAGAACCUUAAUCUCCCCAAACCAGCUAAGAUUGAUAUUGCGGUGCCUGCCAACUUGGUUUGUGGACUCCACGAUGUUUGAACCGAACACGUUUAAUUGGAAGAGGUUUCUAGAAACCCUGUGGGGCAGCUAAGGGAACAGUUCAUUUAAAGCUUAACCUAAGACCAUGUUUUAAUGAUUGUGUGAUCAUACUGAUUUUGAGAUAUUCUCUCCAGUUGCAAACAAUAGACCAGGGUAAAGGACUGAAGUAUAUGUAGAACAUGCAAAAUUAUGCGCUUUCGUUCAUAAUGUUUUUGCCUUUGAUGUUCCGAUUUUAGAGCACUUAAAUGUCUACUACAGCACUGUUAUCUAUAUAUUUCUACAUCAAUCAUCUGAAAUCAGAGUUGACCUUUGUAACAGUGAGUGGCCUUCAUGAAAUGAGCAUAAAAUGCAACGUGUAUUACCAAGUAAUGAACUCGAAAUGUUAACUAUAAUGUGUAAAGCCUGAAAAUUAAAUGGCGUUGAUUUAAUGAG